AUGUUCUCAAAAUACAUUGGAAUAAUUGCGGUCUUGGCCACAUUGGCUGUUGCAAAUGCUCAAUUCGGUGGUUCCAUAACUUCGAAUAGUCGCGGAGGGGCAGAUGUAUUUGCACGUGCGGGUCAUCAGUUUGGCGAUAACAAUAGAAAUUUUGGCGGUGGUGUCUUUGCCAGUGGAAAUACAUUAGGUGGGCCUACAACAAGAGGAGCAUUUCUAUCGGGAAAUGCAGAUCGCUUUGGUGCCACGCUAUCACAUUCUAAAACUGAUAAGUUUGGUUCGACAUUUUCACAGAAUGUGAACGCUAACCUCUUUCAAAACGAUCGACACAAACUGGAUGCCAAUGCCUUUCAUAGUCGUACACAUUUAGACAAUGGUUUCAAAUUUAGUAAAGUCGGGGGUGGUCUUGACUAUAAUCAUGCCAAUGGACAUGGAGCUUCAGUGACAGCUUCCCGGAUACCCCAAUUGAAGAUGAAUACAGUCGAUGUAACAGGCAGAGCUAAUUUAUGGAAGUCUCGUGAUCAAGCCACAAGUUUAGAUUUGACAGGUGGUGUGUCGAAGAAUUUCGGUGGUCCCUUUAAUGGUCAAACUAAUAAACAUGUUGGUGUUGGUUUAAGUCAUAAUUUUUAAAAU